AUGCUGCCAUUAACUACCGUCUCACUGGCCCUCGGCCUUCUCACAGCUGUCCAAGCCUCCAACCCCGUCUUUGGCGCGUACCAAACAGACUCAUGCGACGCCUGUCUUGACCAAACCUACGAAAGCUGUCCAGGCGACUACAAGACCCGAUCUUACGCAACAUGCAUGUGCGCAGGCGAUGGCAGCGCAAACUUCGUCUCCUGCCUGUCGUCCUGCGAUCCUAAUAAGAAUGAGCCAGCGAUUGCUAGUUCGACUUACUACGGAUACUGUGUCCUCUUCUUCAAGGAGCUUUGCGAUGGCGCUCAGCAGUUCUUGUCGGAGGAUAUUUAUAAUAAACAGUGUUCAAAGGAAGCGAUUGAAGCGGGUGGGAUUGGGGCAAAGGAUGGUGAUGAUGACUCUGAAGAGAGUAGUGAGCCGAGCAAGACGAAAGAUUCUUCUUCUGAGGAGACGGAUGAAGCCAAUGAGAGUGAGACUACCAAGACAAGUGGUAGCGCUCAAUCGACAUCGACUUCUGGGCCUUUGGCUACCAUGGUGCCAGCUUGGGCUAUCGUGGCUGGAAUGGGGUUACAGUUAAUGAAUGACAACCGAAACAACAGCUUUGCUUACAACAUCUACAUCAUGAUUCUCAAUCACAUCAAACUCGCCCUCGGUGCCGUUCUGGCCACUGGCUCCGGAACUCUUGCGACCAAACCCGACGUCUACGACUAUGUCAUCAUCGGCUCUGGUCCAGGAGGAGGCUCUCUUGCCGCCAAUCUAGCUAGAGAGGGUCACUCCGUCUUCCUCAUCGAAGCGGGAGGGGACAAUCACACAAGUAUUCUUCAACAGCUGCCAGCUCUGGCUCGAACUGCUGCCGAGACUCCCGGCCACUCUUGGCAGUUCUUUGUCAACCACUACGAGGACUUUGACGCGGCUCGGCGGGAUCCCAAGUAUACUUAUAUCCAGACCAAUGGUUCUUACUACGUUGGCCUUGAUCCACCCGAGGGUGCUAGACCUGCCGGUUUAUACUAUCCUCGCGGCUCAACCCUCGGCGGCAGUGCGCAAGUCAACGCCAUGAACUUUGCCUGGUGUCCCGAUAAUGAGUGGGACUACAUCGCCAAUCUCACGGGCGAUUCUUCCUGGGGCCAUGAGCAUAUGCGUCGACAUCUGAUGAAUCUCGAGAACUGCACCUAUGUCCCUGAGGGUACUCCUGGUCAUGGCUUUGAUGGAUACCUGGUGAACGAUCAGAGUAACGCCACGGUCAACAUCGGAUCCCCCAAUGUCGCCAACUUCUUCUCCCAAAUGUUUCGCCAGACCGAAGGUAUUGAUGUUGAAGAUCCCGGCGAGAUGACUGAGCUUCUUCUCCGCGACAUCAACGGCCCUAACCCACGUCGCUACGAAAACGGCCGCAUGUACAGCACUCCCGUGGCAAUCGAUCCCAGCACAGCUGCCAGAAGCGGUGCGGGUAUUUACAUCAACCAGGUCGUUGAUGCCGGACACCCAUUGACACUCAGCUUCCACUCUUUGGCGACACGCGUUCUUACUAAACAGGGGCGCAACAAGAAGCCACGCGCUUAUGGUGUGGAGUAUAUGGUUGGUGAGGGUUUGUACUCUGCUGAUGGGCGAUAUGAUCCUGAGCAGACUGGGGAGAUUCGGGAGGUCUAUGCUAAACAUGAGGUCAUUGUUUCUGGCGGUGCUUUCAACACUCCACAGAUUCUCAUGCUGAGUGGUAUCGGGCCUCGUGAGGAGCUGGAAGCGUGGGAUAUUCCUGUUGUUGUCGACCUCCCUGCUGUCGGCUCUAACUUGCACGACAACUACGAAGUCCCUGUUCAAAUCCGCGGUGAAGAGAAUUGGCUUAUCCCCAGAGAGUCUCCAUGCACUGGUACCUUCGAUGACGAAGAUCCCUGCUUCGUUCUCUGGCGAGACGACGCAUCAGGACCAUACGCAUCACGCGACAGUAGUUACGGCGCCGUCUGGCGAAGCAGUCAAAGCUGGGAUAACGACUCAGACCUCAUGUUUCUCAGCAGUCCAGGCCUUUCAGGAUUGGUAGGCUUCUACCCAGGUUACUCGACCGGCGAGAGAGCAGGCAACGAUCCCGCAGAGUGGAUGCACGCCGUCGUCAAGAUGCAGACCAGCAACAGCGCCGGCACCGUUCGACUCAACUCAUCAGACCCUCGUAUCCGACCUAAUAUCAACUUCAACUAUUUCACCGAAUCAGCUGAGCGUGAUCUCGACGCUAUUGUUGAAGGAAUUGAGAUGCUCAGAAGGGCGUUUGAUGCGACUGGUGUUCCGUAUACCCAGCUCAGUCCUGAUCCUGAGAACUUGAGACAGAGUAUCCAGGACUUGGCUUUCAGUCAUCAUGCUUCAUCGACUUGCGCUAUUGGAGCUGAUGGCGAUGAGAACUCUUGUGUUGACUCGAGGUUUCGCGUGCGUGGUGUUGAUAACCUACGCGUUGUCGACGCGUCUGUUUUUCCUCGAAGUCCUGGCGGUAUGCCUAAUGGACCGACUUGGACUAUUUCCCGCAAGGCUUUUGAGACUCUUUUAGAGGACAACCAUUAA